ACCAGCAGAGAUGACGGUAGGGGAUGACAGCCACACUCUUAUUGACCAGGAGAAGCGAUUAAUGGCCAAAGAAACCAACCGAACUCUUCGACAACGAUUUAGAGGCGGAGAUUCCUCCCGCCGCCCAUUCACGGGCUCUGUUUUGGUAGCAGCGGGCGGCUCCGCGCUCAAACCAGUGCGAAGGAGCCGCGGGCGUAGCGGAAGUGACGCCGUUGUACCGGGCUCGGUACCGGGCCCGCGCCAUGGAGGCCUGGGUGCGCUUCAGCGCCCAGAGCCAGGCUCGGGAGCGCCUCCUCAGGGCCGCCCAGUACGCCUGUACCUUAACCGGGGCCGCGCUGAGCCGCGCCGGGGGCAGCUCCGGGAGCCUGAGCCGCCUGCAGCAGCUGGAGGCUCAUCUGAGCCUGGGCCGCAAGCUGCUGCGCUUGGGGGGCUCGGCUGAGGCGCUGGGGGGGGCGCAGCGCUCGCUGCACCUGCCCGACCCCGUGCUGCGCUUCUGCCUGACGCUGUCCCACCUCAACCGCGCCCUGUUCCUGGCCUGCGACAACGUCCUGUGGGCCGGCAAGAGCGGCCUCCUGCCCGGCCUGGCCCUGGAGAAGUGGAGCCAGAGGGCCUUCAGGUAUUACCUGUUUGCUCUGGUGGUGAACCUCAGCAGGGACGCCUACGAGAUCCGUCUGCUGCUGGAACGCGCCGAGGCCGCCAGGAAACGUGGCAAGAGCCCCCAAAAAAGCCCCCAAAAAAGCCCCCAGCCCCAGGCUGAGGGCAGGAUCCAGCACCUCCGGCUCCAGCUGCAGCUCCAGCUGCAGCUCCUGCUGCAGGUGCUGCGGGAGAACCCCCCACUGCUGCUGGACCUGCUGAGGAAUGCCUGCGACCUGGUGAUCCCUCUGGAAAAGCUGGGCUUGUGCAGGAGCAGCCCUGGAAUCGUGGGGUUCUGUGGGCUCACCUCCUCCGUGCUCUCCAUCAUCACCAUCCUCCACCCCUGGCUCAAGCUGAAGCCCUAGUUAUCCUGGCUUCGAAAUUCCCAUAUUUGGGAAUUUUGGGGGGUUUGUGGCACCUCUGGAGGUGACUGGCUGGUGCCAUUCCCAUCAUUCCCUCCUUGGAGCCACGAGGUUCCAGCGUUGGAUCCCACAGGGACUUCAGCUCCCAAAAUGUGACUUUUCCCGCAAUUUUAGAGGUUCAACGUUCCGCCUUUCUCUCUGGGAAGAGCCUUUCACGUGGAGCCAGCUAACUGGGAAUAUUUGGGGCUGGAAAAUGUGGAUUUGGGGCUGGAAAAUGUGAAUUUCUGGGGUCUCACCCCCUCCCAUCAUCACCGUCCUCCACCCCUGGCUCAAGCUGAAGCCAUAGUUAUCCUGGGGACCUUUGGGAAUUGUGGGGGUUUAUCCCAAAAUUGUGGUUGUGGCACCUCUGGAGGUGACUGGCUUGUGCCAUUCCCAUCAUUCCUGACUCCUUGGAGCCACGAGGUUCCAGCGUUGGAUCCCACUAUGGGAUUUAUGGGAUUUUGGGACUUCAGCUCUCAAAAUGUGGUUUUUCCCCCAUUGACUUUUCCAGCAAUUUUAGAGGUUCAACGUUCCGCCUUUCUCUCUGGGAGGAGCCUUUCACGUGGAGCCAGCUAACUGGGAAUAUUUGGGGCUGGAAAAUGCGGAUUUGGGGUGGGAAGAUGUGGAUUUGGUGCAGGAAUAUCUUCUUGAAAGUUUUUUGGGAACUCCAACGAUUUUGGGAAUUAUUAAAUUCCAGAGGCAGAUUGUCCUUGCAUCCGUCCCUGGGAGAGCAGGAAUAGUUUUGAAGGUUUUUUAGGAGCUGGGAAUUGUUAAAUUCCAGAGGCGGAUUGUCCCUGGGAGAGCAGGAAUAUCUUCUUGAAGGUUUUUUGGGAACUCCAAAAUGUUUGGGAAAUUAAAGAUUUUUUGGGAACGCCAAAAUUUUUGGGAAUUAUUAAAUUCCAGAGGCAGAUUGCCCUUGGAUCUGUCCCUGGGAAGAGCAGGAAUAUCCUCUGGAAGGAUUUUUUGGGAGCUCCAGACUGAGACAUUGCCCACUCCUGGGCUGUGCCAAAGGUUUUUUUUUCCUGGGCAAAGCAGGCACUGAAGGCUUUGGAGCAGUGUGGAAUUCCCAGUGGGAAUUGGGAUGGGUGGGAAGCACUCCAGGGGAUCCCACAGUGUCAUUAAUGAAUAAUUUAAUUAUUAAAGUGCAGCGGCCUCCA